UGUGGGUGGGGAGAGAAGAGAGAGAGAGAGAGAGAGGGGAAGAGAAACAGGACCAGGAUCGAAAAGCCAACGGGAGGUGACAGCAAAUGGCAAAAGAUUUUUUUUUUCUUCUUCUUUUGUGCGACGGUGUUGAUUGUGCUGCCCGUAUCCUGUUGAAUUUCCUUUUGUGCAGCGAGCGAGUGAGCGAAAGAGAGAGAGAGAGAGAGAGAGCCAGAGAGAGAGAGAGCUAGCGAGAGUUUGGCCUGACUGAAUGGGAGAGUGGUGCUGAACGGCGUCAGCCUCUGCCGAUCAGCUCCGAGGGCAGCGGGAGGCUCCGUGAGCCGACGGUGACAAGCGGAGGAGGAAGAGGAGGAGGAGGAGGAGUGCGUGGAGGUUGCGGAAGGGAAGUGGGGAGGAGAGAGGGGGAAAAGAAAAGACCCACUUCUCCGAUCGGGAGAACCAGCCCGGAGCAAGAGAGAGAGAGUGAGCCAGAGCGAGCGAGAGAGAGAGAAACCUAACGGAGAGGUGCACCGCGCACGGACAGCGGCCAUGUCCUUUGCGCCGAGGCGCUCGGCUCGGGGACGGGAGGGAGUCUGAACGAAUGGGCCGCUCCCCUCGCUCCACGCCCUCACGCCCUCGGCACUGCAAGCAUGGCUCGCUGGGGACUGCCGGGUUCCCACAGCUCUCCCGACCUCUCGCGGGGACCAAGCCGGAACGCCAUCGCCGCCGCUCGCUAGCAGCGACGACAGCCACAGCGACAUCCCAGGAGAUCAGGACGUCUGAGGACGUCCCCAGGCGCUGACGGACACACGCUCGCUCGCUCGCUCCUCGCCAAGGACUCGCUCUCCUCCGCUCCGGGUUCUUCGUCUUGGCGGGCUUCCCUUUUCUUUCCUUUGCCCCUCGUUUCGCGCCGUGUGAACAUGACCCAUGGGGAGGAGCCUUUCUCUGAGAUGCACCAGGAUUCAGUCGUGUUAACUUACCUCGAGAGCGUCCUAAUGCAUCGACCGGCAGGGGGCGCCGGGGCUGGGGGGACUCCCCUCAAGAGGGAGAGGGGAGAGGGCGACGGAGACGGGCGGGGGUCCCGGGCGGCCCCACCCUCCUCCUCUUCCUCCUCCUCCUCCUCCUCCUCCUCCUCGCCCGCCACGGACCUCCAGCUCCAGCCCCCGCCCCCGCCCGCCCCCCGAGCCGGGGGGAACCCCAACGUGAAGAAGGCCCGGCUGCUUCGGGCCGAGGUUUGGGAGGGGGCCAAGAGGCGGAGGGUCUGCGGACCGGAGGCUUUCGGGCGAGAGGGGGGCCCGUCCUCGGCCGGGGCCGGGGCUGUCGGGUUCCAGGGCGACGCUCUGGCCAAAGACAAGCAGCACAGCACCCUCCUGGCUUCCCUGCUCCAGUCGUUCAGCUCCAGGCUGCAGAGGGUGGCCCUGUCCCAGCAGACGGGUUCUUCCCCGGGGGCCGCUCCCUCCCCCGAGCGGGGGCUGGGGCUGGGCCUGGGGGGCUACGCCACGGCCUCCAGCCACCUGCGGGCCCUGCUGAGGAGCCGGGAGCAAGGCGAGGCCGGGCUCAGCCCCCCUCCCCCCGACGACCGGAGGCUCCCCGAUAGGCCCCGGCCCGCUCCCCGCCCCCCCCGGCCCCCCUCGGCCCCCGCCGAGCCCCUCUCCUGCGCGGCCAGGCUGCGGGCCGUGGCCAACCUGGUGGAGAACGGGGGCAGCUUGAGGAGCCCCGGCUCGCCGCCCCAGCCCCCGCCCCCCCUGCCCCCCCCGCCCCCCCGGCCCAGCGUGGCCUGCAGCCAGCUGGCCCUGCUCCUGUCCAGCGACGCCCAGCUGCAGCAGUACUCGCGCGAGCACGCGGCCGGAGCCUCGGCCAGUCACCGGCUGGCCGCCAUCGCCUGCCAGAGAGUUAACGAGAGGAGGACGCAGGACCCGGAGCGGGAGCGGGAAGGGCCUGAGAGAGCCGGGUGGGCGGGACAAUCGCCGGCAGCGGCUGCGACCAACGGCUUGAGGAAGAGCCACGCCACCGGGCGGUCGGCCGGACGCCCGAGGAGCCCGGCGGUGGCCGGCAGGGAGGAGGGGACCUGCUCGCCCGUCUCGCCGGCUCCAGGCGGAAGCGGCAGCGGCGGUGGCGGCAGCCUCCUCAUGCACCUGCUCAACUCUAACGCCUGCCCGCCCGCCUCGCCCGCCGGCUGGUCUGGGCCGUACCGGGGCCAGGGGAAGCCCAAGCUGCCGCCGGUCAAGGUAGAGCCGGGCUCGGCCGCCGAGGACCUGUACAGCAGUGACGAGAGCUCCAGGUCCAGCUGCACCCCCAUGGACCUGUCCACCAAGCCCAGGAUGUGCGAGCCCAUCUCGCUGCAGGCCGGCAGCUUGGAGCAGAUGACCCAGUCGCUGCUCUUCAGCUGGAACCCCAAGAGGUCCGGGGGGCUGGCCAUUCACGAGGGCAAGGAGGAGGAGGAGAGCUGUGGUGGCGGAGGUGGAGGUGGUGGUGGUGCUGGUGGUGGGCUGGAGUCCAAAGCCCAUCAGCGGGUCACCUUGCUCCAGCUCCUCCUGGGUCAUCAGAGCGACGCGAAGGGCGAGGGGACGCCCGAGCCACCAUCACAGCCGUCGCAGCACUACUUCAAGGCGGAGGCCUUGUUGCCCAAGAUGGAGCCCUUGUUGCCCGAGACUGGAAUGGCAAUAGUUUCCUCCCUCGGGCUGAGCAGAAAGUCUGACUUCUUGGGGCCUCUGCCUCCGCACUCUUCAUCCACCUCUUCCUCCUCCUCCUCCUCUUCCUCUUCCUCCUUGUCCUCCUCCUCCUCGCUCCCCUCGCGGUCCCCAGCCCCCCUCAAGGUGGCUUCCAGCGCCUGCGUGACCUGCAAACGGGAACCCGAGGCGGCCUCGCACCGUCCGGGGGCCAGGCCCACUGUCGCUGUGGCAACGGCCACAGCGGCGCCUCUGGCGGACAGGGACCCGCGGCGACGCUUCUCCAAGCCGACCCCGGAGCGGUGUGGAGGCGGGGGAGGAGGAGGAGGAGGAGGAGGAGGCAGAGAGACUUCAGCCUUGUCGUUGGAGCGCUUCCCCAAUUGCUCGCUCCUCAGCGGCGGCGGGAGGCCCCAACACUUCGCCCCGCCCCUCCCUCCAGCCCCGGGGGACAACCCCCACCCCGGGAACGGCAACAGCUUCUCGUUCAGUGCCAGUAAACUGCUGCAGGACCUGGCCCAGACCGACCAUCACCCUCCCCCAAGCUCAGACAACGCCGUCGCCAUAACUACCAUGUCCUCUUCCUCCUGCUCCUCCUCUUCCUCCUCCUCCUCCUCCUCCUCCUCCUCCAGACUGAUGGGCCGACGGGGCGGAUUCCAGCCGGGCCUGUCCUCCCUCACCUCCUCCGUCUCCUGCUGCUCCUCUCCCGGGGCCCUGGCUCCUCCGGCUCUGCCGCUGCCACCACCGGCUGCCGCUGGUCUGGAGGCCAUGGACGACAACCAUCUCGGCAACCACCACCACCACAGUCACCAACAUAGUCACCACCACCAGCAUCAGCAGCGGCCGCCAUUGCCAGGCCGCCGUAGCGUUCUACAGCUGCUCCUGCGAGCUCCCAGCGACGCCGACCAGCAGCCGCAGGCUCCGUCGCAGCCAAGGGCUGGUAACGGCAGCAGGAGACGGGCCGCCCGGGGCGGGGGGGGCGGGGGCGCCGAGGCCCGUCGGCCGGCUUCAGGCCAGGAUGAUGAUGGCGGUCGAGGGGGCAAGGCUGCCGCUCCACCGCCGCUGCUCGCCGUCAAGACGGAGCCCGAGGAGCCUGAGGAGCGAGAGCCCGGCUUCUCUUCCCGCUGUUCCGAGGCCUCAAUUACCGGCGGAGGAGGAGGAAGUCCCGCCAAUGGCGGCAAUGGCUGUUAUCACCAACAUCACCAUCAACAUCCACAGCAGCAGCAGCAGCAACAACGACAGUCCAGCCCGGCAAUGGAAGCUCCUCCUCUCCCACCGCCCCCAACUCUGUCGCUGCCCUGGACGUAUGAAGAGGCGGUCGUGAUCAAGCAGGAGGAGGAGGAGGAGGAGGAAGUGGCGGAGGACAAGGUGGUGGUGGAAGAAGAAGACAAAGCAGCAGAAGAAGAAGAGACGCCGGUGAUGAAGAUGAUGGCGGACUCGCCUCCCUCGCUACCGCACGGCGCCGCCUCGCAGAAGGCGGGAGUCUUGAGCCAACUCCUCCUGAGACACAGCAACAGCCUAGGCUUCGCUUUGGGCCUGGGCCUGGAGCCGGCAGAGCAGCCCCCGGCCCCGGCCGUCGCCACCGGCAACGGUAGCCCCUGCAGCAACAGCGGCGGCGGCAGCGGCAACAACAACAGCAACAACAACUGCGGGCGCGGAAAUGGAGGCGGCCCCAAGAAGAAGCGGCUUCUCCUCCCCCCGUUCGAGGCCCAGCCGGCGGGGUCGGAGGUCACUGAGAGGCCUAGGCCGAGGAGGCCCCCCGAGCAGGCCGAGAGCAGCGACAACGGGCCCGGCCCCAUCCCCAACGGCCACGGUUUCAAGCCGGACUUUUGUAACGGCCUCGGCUUGGCGUACGGCUCAAGCCCGGGCGGGGCGUGGGAAGCAGAUUGUGCCGAGGCUCGAGGAGGAGGAGGUGGAGUUGGAGGAGGAGGUCAAGGCUUUAACGUGCUCAAGCAGCUGCUCCUGGCCGAGAAUGGCAUCAAGGCCUUGUCGCAAGGCAGGCAGCUUCACAACGGGGCCGAGGUCAGGCUGUUCCCGCACCCGCCGACCGACAAGGAGGACAAGAUGGCGGCCACCGGGGAACGGAGACAGAGGGAUGCCUUCGUCGCCACCACCAUCAUCAUCACCACCCCCACCACCACCACCACCAUCACAACAACAGGCAGCAGCAGCACCAACAACGUGACCCUGACGGUCAAGGGCCUGACAAGCAGCCCCGGCCCCGGCCCCCGGUCCCGCUCCCCGCCGGCCAGCCACAAUCGCCCCAAACCCCGGCCGGAACCUCCGGCCGAGCCGCCCUGGCUGACCAAGACCAACCCCAUCCUGUACUACAUGUUGCAGCGAGGCGGCCAAGCUGGCCAUAGCCAUAGCCAAGGCCCAGGCCCAGGUCCGGGCACAGCGCAGCUGCUGGAGGACGCCAAGGCCGAGCGCAGGAAGCCUCGCUCCAGCUCCCGCCCAGUGCCAGCCGGGGACACCGAGAAGCCCCGUUGGAGGGUCAAGGAGGAGCCCGCGGGUCCCGAGCAGGACCAGGACCAGGACUCGGCGGCAGAGCUGCGUCUGAUGAAGUCCAGCCUGAGCCUCAGGCACGGUGUGUACGGCCUCCUGGAGAAGGUCAUCGCCAUCAAGAGGGAACCCGACUGAGAGAGGCACGGGGAGGAGGAGGAGGAGGAGGAGGAGGAGGAGCAGAGGGAAUGGACAUGUUGGGGCGCGAGGGUUUAAACACGCAAGACAGAGACUCACACACACACACACAGACACAAGCACACACGCGUAUACACGAGCGCACACAAACACGCAUACGCUCACUCACACAUGCACAUAUACGCAGUCACACACGUACACUCAUGCACGCAUAAACUCACACACACACACACACACAUAGGGACUCAGAUACACCAACACUCAUAGCACACUGGCACACACACACACACACACACACACGAGGACAUACACACACACACGGAUAUACGCUGAUGCAUUCACACGGACAGACACAGAGUCUCAGACACAGUCAGAGUCAGACUGACCCAUACAGUCAGAUAGAGUCACACGUGCAUCGACCGUAAGAGAGGUGUGCCCCCCCCCCCCC